AUGGAGUGUGUUGCGGUGCCACCGCCUGAUGGACGAUUUCAUCAGCCAGGGACUUUGGAUCGUGAUGAUCAAAGAAACAGUUAUGUAUGGAUGAAUGGUUGGAGUUGCUAUGACAAGUGGUGGAGGUCAAGGUACGAGGAUGAUUGGGAGGAAGCUGAGGCAGCCUGGGACUCCCUGGGCAGGUUGGCAAACACCACCUGGUGGGAGCAGAAGGACGGGUCAAGGUGCCUCCACUGGAAGUGGCCCAGCUUCUAUCAGAGCACCAUCAGAGAUGGGAUUGAAGGGUGGUUCAAGUACACCCCCGGAGCCUGGACAAAACCUCAACUAGCAGGGAAAAGUGUGGAGUCCCAUGGACUAAUGAAGGCCAAGCUUCAGCUAGUGCAAGACAAGAGGUACAUUACAAAAGGAUACAUAAAAUCCUUGACGUCUUUCUUUGGUGUAGAGAAAGGUUUACAUGAUAUUCAAAUGGUAUACGACGGCACCAAGUCCGGAUUGAACGAUGCUCUCUGGGUGCCAAGUUUUUGGUUACCAACCAUCAAUACAAUGCUUUGGGCAAGUCACCUAUGA